UUGGAGUACCCGUUCAGUUUGAAAACCUCUCUUGACGAAUUUUAAAUAGCAUUAACAAAUUUUAAAUAUUGCUUUCUAAUUUUAACCUUUUCAUACGAUAAAUCAAAACUUCCUCAUUAUCAACAAUAAACUCAGCUCUGUACCUAGUAGAAAUGGAUAACGUUGUUGGGGACACAAAUAAAACUUUCCUCACUCUCAACCGCGACACCUACACAAACACAAAAACACAUCCAUGGCGAAAUGCCUCUCAUUCUCUACAUCAACAUUUUUCUGCCCGCCAUCAAUCUCUCUCCAGAGGCCCCCAUCGCAAUCUUGCUCAACUCUCCAUCAAUGGAGCCUUGAGAAUCAGAAAAAGCGGUCCUUGACUCUCUCGAUUAGCGCAGAGGCCGUCACAAUCCCUGUCAUCACGUUCGACGGUGAGAAGGCAGGCACAGCGUCUUUGGACAUCAAAACAGCCCGGCCGGAGACGGCCCGCGCUGUGGUUCACAGGGGCGUCGUGACGGAGCUUCAAAACCGGCGGCGCGGCACGGCCUCAACUCUGACCCGCGGCGAAGUGCGAGGGGGAGGAAGAAAGCCCUAUAAACAGAAGGGCACCGGCAAUGCUCGUCGCGGCUCGCAAAGGACUCCUUUGCGGCCUGGCGGGGGUAUAAUUUUUGGCCCCAAGCCCAAAGACUGGAGCAUCAAAAUCAACAAGAAAGAAAAGCGUCUCGCCAUCUCUACGGCUCUCGCCAGCGCCGCUGUCGACAGCGUUGUAAUUGACAGCUUCACGGAGAAGUUUGACACUCCCAAGACUAAGAAUUUUGUUGCUGCGCUCAAGAAGUGGGGCGUGCAGCCCAGUGAAGAUCAUGCUCUCAUAUUUACCACGGAGCUGUCAGAGAAUGUGCGGCUGUCCAGCCGAAAUAUUGGGUCUUUGAAGAUUUUGACUCCGAGGACCUUGAAUUUGUAUGACAUUUUGAGGGCCGAUAAGCUUAUUUUUACUAAGGACGGUGUGGAGUAUCUUAAUAAGAUGUAUGGAUUGAAUUCAGCCAUUCGGGAGGAAGAUGAAGAGAAGGGAGAGGAAGAGGGGAAAGAGGAGGAACAGCAAUAUGAAGAGGAAAGUUCAGAGACUCCAGAAACUGCACAAUGAUUUCAGGUGUUGACAAGAGCAUGAGACAAACAUUAUUUGCGCUGAUUAUGAUGCUUAUGCCGUAUGGAAUUCUGCUCUUUUAGUAACUGUGGUACUCGAAUAUAUGCUGCAGUUAAGAAAGGAGUUGCACUGGGUAAAAAUGUUCUUUGCAGAAUCCUUUCUACAAAAAAAAGUUGUAUCAAGGAGGGAUACUGAUUCUUUUCUACCUAUUAUUUUUUUGUGAUUUGUCAAUGUUUCAAGUUGCAAGGAUGUAAUCUUUGAAGAAAGCACAAUACAACAAUGCCUAUAUCUUUUAAUGUUUUCUUGAAAUUUUCUCUUUCA